AAUCAGUGGCACGGUGCGCUUCACUUCAGACCUUCCACCUUCUCCUCCGGUACGAACGCGCCAGACACGAUACCGUUACACCACUUCCGCCUUAUAUUCCCUAUCUUCCAGAAAACACAGAGACGUCGCGGACGCACACGCAGGGCUCGUGGCUGGACGGCUCGCGCUCUGGAUUCGUUUCCGCGCUAGAAAACAGAAAAGGCGCUGGAGCGAAGUUUGGCGCGUCGCGCGCGCGGUGGCAUGGAGAGAGGGACUGGAGAUCUUGAAGCGCGCGACGGAGUGCAUGGCCCGUGACAGAGGAUACGAGCGCUCGCGUUAUGUCCGGUAAUGGAACAGCAAUGAGAGCGGACUUUUCCCUGGAAUAAACGCAAGCGCCGGGCCAACAGAAUGCGGGAGCGGGAUUUACAGAGUGUGUGUGCGUGGCUGCUGCUGCUCACCCUGGCCCUGCUGUCUCUCUGGGGGCGUCUGGCUCUGGCUUCCUCACACCGCAACCAUAUAGUGCAUGUGAAGGCUGGGACGUGUGAAGUAAUCGCAGCCCAUCGCUGCUGUAAUAAAAACAAGAUUGAAGAGAGAUCUCAGACUGUCAAGUGCUCCUGUCUUCCUGGACAGGUCGCCGGGACGACCAGAGCUGCUCCAUCCUGUGUCGAUGCAUCUAUAGUAGCCCAGAAGUGGUGGUGUCAGAUGCAACCUUGUCUGGAUGGAGAGGAGUGUAAAGUUCUACCAGAUCUCACAGGUUGGAGCUGCAGUACUGGCAACAAGGUUAAAACGACAAAGGUAACUCGGUAGUGGCAUGCUCCAGUCAGAGGAAAUGGAAGUAGACGAAUAGGAAACCAGAAGGACUUCACCAAUGUUAAAAUAAUACGGGAACCAAAGCAGCAAGGUCUCGUGUUUCACUCCAUUCAUACCAAUGAGGACCAUCACACUACUCUCUACGCUCUCCUCCAUCCUCCAUACUUGUAAUCAGCUGUCCUGAGCGUUUGCUGGAAAUCUCGUCAGCACAAAUACAGGGAUGAAAGACUGUCUGCUCGCUGGAAUUCGCCAUGCAUCUGGAUUAUAUCUUAUGGUAGAAAGCUAAUCGCAGAGACAACACACUGCUAACGUCAGAACUGUUUUAUUUGUUGAGUUUUCUUCCUCCCCCAGCUGCUUAGACGUUCAGUUGUGUUUAUGGUUUUCUUUCUUCUGUCUGUCGAUGCUUCCUGUAACCUCACAUUUUGAACCUGAAAUGAAAAGUGACAUUUUUGCUUUCCCUUCCAAAAUUCUCGUUUUCUUUCUCAGCAUCUUAACGUCGGAAACUUAGAGCUGCAGUUAUGGACUUACUGACCAUCUGUAGAUUAUUUUGUUCCUUUUCUAAUAAAGAAAUAAUAAGUAAACUUUUUGACGCAAAAGACAAAUACAACAGUAGAUGUUAUGGUAUAAUUCUGUAAAAGUGUAAAAGAUUACAAGUAUCAGAUUCUUAGAACCAGAAGAAAUGAAAAAAAAAAUCCUCUAACAGUUUUAAUAUUGAUGUUUUUAACCAGCCUGGUAACUGCUAUUGAGUACAUGUGUCAGUAUUAUCUAAAAUAAAUAAAGCUAUUUCAAAGGAAAUGAAAGAACCUAAGUGUCUGUGUUCAAAAAUGAAUCAUAUGUGAUUGAAGUUUGCUUAGUGUUGUCUGUCUGCAUUUCCAGACUAGGGCUUAAGCUUAAAAUUCUCUUCUUUAUCUUUUAACCAGAGCAUUAAAAAAUAGCAGUUAUAAAGAAAAUACUCUAACUAAAGCAUUAACACAACUUCUGUUAUAAUUAUUAUAAAGCCAAAGAUAUUAAUGGAUGGUGGCUUAGUGGUUAUCACAGAUGACUUGCACCUCCAGUGUUGGGGGUUUGAUUCCUGCCUCUGCUCUCACUGUGUGAUCAUGUUCUCCCCAUGCACCAGGGGUUUCCUCUCCACUCCAAAAGUAUGCAUUGUAGCCUGAAUCUCUAAAUUGAACAUAUCAUGUAAAUUGGUUUUUGACCUGUGAUUGAUUGCCACCCUGUCCAGGGUGACCCCUGCCUUGUGCCCCAAGUCCUUUGUAAUAGACUCCAGACUCCCUGUAACCCUGUGUAGGAUAAGUGGAACAGUGGAUGGAUGGAUGGAUGGAUGCAUGUUCAUUCUGAACAUCUGUUCAAAACACUUAGUGCUGUUUGACACGACAGGAUACAAGUGCAUUAGAAUAAUAAUUUAUAAUCAUUAGAAUAAUAAUCUGACAUCUGGUGUUAGCAAGAAAAGGACAGCUUCCCUUUUGAGUCUAGUUCCUCAUGCAGUUUCUUCCUCGCAUCAUCUCACAGAGUUUUUUCUUGCCACUAUCACCUCUCGCUUGCUCAUUAGAGAUCUAAAUAUAAAUCUCCAUCCAGAUUUUUGUGAAGCUGCUUUUUGUCCAUUGUAUAAAAUCACUACUAACACUAUUACUAGACUUGUCAGAGAGUGCUUUGAGCGUGAAUCCUUAAAUCAGUGCUCACCAAUCCUAUUCUGGAAGAUCUACCUUCCUGCACAAUUGAAUUCCAGUCCUGAUCCGACACAUCUGCUCCGGAUAAUCAGUCUGCUUGAUUAGCCAGAUCAGCUCCAUUGGAUUAGAACUAAAAACCGAAAGGAAGCUAUUUAAGGACAGAUUUGGUGGUCAGUGCCUUAGAGUGGUUAGUCAGCAUUUUAAAAGAUUAUAGAAAAUGUGCUGGCUAUAAAAUUCAGAAGCACAGUAACCCAGUGAGAGUGGAUUUGAAUGGGUUCAGGAUGUGAGUGUGACUCAGUAGUAUACAUCCUAAAAUCAGAGCCACACUAACAUGUUGCUACAAAGACAGAUUUAAGACAUCUAUAGUCUUUAUGCAUAUACACAUGUAUACAUAUGCAAUGAUUUUCUUUGCUUAUCUUAAUUUGGAAAGAAGCUAGGGUCCUGGUACUCCUGGAUGAGUUGAGGGUUAAAGCUCUUGUUCAAUGAUCCUUACAGUGGCAGCAUGGCAGGAUUGGAUCUUUAAUCGCAGAGAACCCUGUAUGCUUGUCCAGAGAAGAAUCUGUGGGUGAUUCUGAUAUUCUGAUAUUACUGAUUUACAGGCAUGUAUGUAAACGGAAAGAAACAGACAUUUUAAACAUAUGUACAGCAAGUACAGUAUUUCUGCUUCACUCAGCCCAUUACAGCUCUACAUUACUUUCAAAUUUAUUAAUUAAAAAUGCAAACUUGCAUUCAUUUGUGAAGCGAUCUCAUGCUUGGAACAUCCUUUUCCAUGACUUAGAUUACA